GCGGAAGAGGGCAUUGUUGUGGCCGACGUCAUUCACGGAGGACGCGGGCGUCCCAUUGGGUCGGACUCUGGUUGGAGCGCGGCCGAGUCGUUCCCUCGUUCGGAGGGCGGGCAGACGGACGAGCAGCCCGUGCCCAUGGCCAGCACCGGCAGCCCCCUGUAUGAUGCUGUUCCAAUCCAGUCCAGCGUGGUUUUAUGUUCCUGCCCAUCACCAUCAAUGGUGAGGAACCAGGCAGAUCCCAGCCCUUCACCUGUUGCUGCUCCCUGUGGCAGCAGGCAGGGACUGAGCAUGGAGGGCACAACGGCUGAGCCAAGGGGAAGUGAAAAAUCCUUGCAGCAACCUCCACAGCCUCGAAAGAAACGCCCAGAGGACUUUAACUUUGUCAAGAUUCUGGGUGAAGGGUCUUUCUCAACAGUCUUCUUGGCCAGAGAAUUGUCUACCUCCAGAGAAUAUGCCAUUAAAAUUCUGGAGAAGCGCCACAUCAUAAAAGAGGGCAAGGUGCCGUGCGUGAAUAGGGAGAAAGAUAUAAUGUCUUGCCUGGAUCACCCUUUCUUUGUCAAUCUCUACUUCACCUUUCAGGAUGAUGAGAAGCUCUAUUUUGGUCUUAGCUACGCCAAAAAUGGAGAGCUUCUAAAAUACAUCCGGAAGAUUGGCUCAUUUGAUGAGACAUGUACUAGGUUUUAUACUGCUGAAAUUGUGUCUGCAUUAGAGUACUUGCACGGAAAGGGAAUCAUUCACAGGGACCUGAAGCCAGAGAACAUUUUGCUCAGCGGAGACAUGCACAUUCAGAUUACAGACUUUGGGACAGCAAAAGUAUUGUCUGCAGACAGCAAGCGAGCACGAGCGAACUCCUUUGUUGGGACAGCGCAGUAUGUGUCUCCAGAGUUGUUAACAGAGAAAUCUGCCUGCAAAAGUUCGGAUCUCUGGGCUCUUGGCUGCAUUGUAUACCAGCUUGUAGCAGGAUUACCACCAUUCAGAGCCGGAAAUGAAUAUCUCAUAUUCCAGAAGAUAAUCAAAUUGGAGUAUGAAUUCCCAGAGAAGUUCUUUCCGAAGGCAAAAGACCUCGUAGAAAAGCUCUUGGUCCAAGACGCUACCAAGAGGUUAGGCUGUGAAGAAAUGGGAGGAUAUGAGCCCUUGAAGGCCCACCCCUUUUUCGAAUCCAUCACCUGGGAGAAUCUGCAUCUUCAGACGCCACCCAAGCUCACUGCAUAUUUGCCUGCAAUGUCAGAAGAUGAUGAGGAUUGCUAUGGAAAUUAUGACAAUCUCCUGAGUCAGUUUGGCUGCCUGCAAGUGUCUGGCUCCGCCUCUUCUCAGUCCUUGUCUUCCCCGGAGACGUCCACCCCACAAACCUCAGGCAGCAGCAACAACAUAGAGCAAUACAUUCACAACCUCGACAGCAAUUCCUUUGAGCUGGACCUCCAGUUCUCUGAAAAGGAGAAAAGGUUACUCUUGGCAAAGCAGGCUGGUGGAAAUCCCUGGCACCAGUUUGUAGAAAAUAAUCUAAUACUGAAAAUGGGUCCAGUUGACAAACGGAAGGGGCUCUUUGCUCGCAGGCGUCAGCUGCUGCUCACUGAAGGGCCACACUUGUACUAUGUGGACCCUGUCAACAAAAUUCUGAAAGGAGAGAUCCCUUGGUCGCUGGAACUCCGGCCGGAAGCCAAGAACUUCAAGACCUUCUUUGUUCACACACCUAACAGGACAUACUACCUGAUGGACCCAAGUGGGAACGCUCAUAAAUGGUGCAAAAAGAUACAUGAGGUUUGGCGACACAUAUACCACCAGAACACUGCGAAAUGAGACUGCCCCCCCAGUGCCCUGCCUCCCUCCUUGCUGCUAGAGCGCCACAUGCUCCCAGCCUGAGGACUCUUCCCAGCCCAGCCUACAUCCAUCUCCAGGGCCAAAACUAGUUCCUUCUCUAAGGAAAAGCCCAACCAAUGGAAUUCAGGGUCGCUUUGCUUGCUUUUGUGCUUCUGUUGAGGCUUCCAAACACACACACACUUGCACAGCUCUCUUUGCUGCCGUGAGACUCCUUUGGCUUCUGCUGUAAACUGCUGACUUCAGUGUAGAUGAGUUAAGCCAAGCCACGCGCACAGCCCAGAUCAUGUGGGGCGGGAUUAUUACUGUGACUUUCCGAUUUUAUCAUGCAACUGUGUUUCGUCAGGGAGCUUUGAAACACCUCCGUGUGAGAGGCCACCAUUGUUUCUGCUGCCACUUCCUCCCUUCUAGUUGGUCUCUAGUUGGUAUCCAGCACUUGUAACCGCUGCUGCAAGCAGAUGGACGCCCUUGCCGAACCCUUCAGGCCAUGUCCAGUUGCAGGAUUCUCCAUGGAUGGUACUUCUAAUUGCAUGUUUUGCAGAUAGAUACACUCCGGCACAGGUGGUAAGAGAGGGAAAAUUUGAAUGUGGCACUUAAUCCUGGAAAUCAGAUUUCGUACAAUUUUAAACAUGGAAUUUUAAUUUGAUGCAUUUACAUGUUGAACUAAGGAGCAUUAAAGUUACCAGCAUGCUUUUAACUAAUACUAACUGAGAGGUUGCCUAGUUAGUACCAAGCUGUAUUGAUGUAGUAAAUAGACUCUUCACCUUUUCUGAAGAGGGGGAGCAGGGGAGCAAGCUGGUUCUUUCCAGGGUGGAGCACUGCAGGGGGCUGGCCUGUUGUGCCUGGGGAGAGAAGUGCGGUUGUACAACUGAUGACUUGAUUUGUUGUCUCUGUAUAAUGAGGUGUACAAAUAUAUUCCUGUCUUGUUCAAUGGCAAAGCGUCAGACCUUUUAGCAACUUUGAAAAUAUUUUACAUGAUUUAAAUAUAUUUAAGCCCCUCCACUAAUCAGACUAAUUGUUGUGUUUAUGUAAAAAUGUUGAUACAAAGGAGGGGAAGUGUAUGGUACUUGAGUCAUAUCUAUCAAAUGUUUCAUAUCGUUCUUUUGUCCUUUUCCUAUUAAACUGUUAUGGUCAAACAUUUCUUGUAACAUAGCAAAGAUAUUGCUUUCUCACUGCAAGCAUCCUUUCUCUAUGGUGUGCUCUGAUAUCUGGGUAGCCUAAGCUUUUUUUGCAGGGAGGGGAACAGGUUCUUGCCCAGACACUAGUUCUCUUUCUCACCCCCAAAAGUACUGUUACCACUUCUGUUCACUUUUCACUUGUACUGUAAGAUAUAAUAUUUCACUAGUGCUGAGCAAGACGUGUCAGUUUUAGGUUCCAUUUUGAAGGUGAGGUUUUCUCUUACCCUUAAAGUCAGGAGUAGACUUGGAAGUGGAGAGUGUCUGGUUGUUGCUGGAAAGAAGAGAAUCCGCUCUUUUCAAAGUUCCACCAGCACAAGGUGAAUAGCAGUUCUGGAGCAGAUGAGGCUGGUCUACUGUUAUCUAGUUCUGUCUACAAAUUGGACCAUUUUUCCUGUAAAGCUUUGACACACCCAUGUGUUUGUUCAUACAUGUACACUGUCUGCAAUAGCCAUCACAUGGAACUUCGAUGUAUUCUUUUCCUGCAGCCAGGCAGCACAACCAUGACUCUUAACAAGCCACCAGAAGUAGUGGAGCCAAGUAGAAGUGCUUUUGGCAGUGAGAAUCCCCUUCCAACAGCUGUCAGUCAUGCUGGUGGUUUUUCUUCCUUCCCCACCCCCCACCCCCUGGUAAAACUGAAUCCCAUCGGGUGAAAGCAAGUGGCAACUUAGCAUCACCCACAACUGUGUUAGAUUAUCUCAGGAGAUGUGCUAGGAAGCUCCUCUCUGGAAAAUGAUGACACACAGAGAUUUGACUUCUCCCAUGGAUGAUAAUUGUUGUGCACAAGUCAUCUCUCUAAUGAUUCAAGGAGUCUUUCUAGUAAGAAAUGUCCAGCAACAGUAUUAUGUUGGCAGAACUGCUCUGCGACUGCUCCAGAGGACACAUUUUUUCUGCUUGGCUUGCCUAAAUUUGCUGGCUGCAUCCUGCUAUUUACUUGGAUUAAGAGGAAGCAUCUCUGCCCCAUUAAAAAUGGUGUCCCAUCUCUUCCUGUCAGGCAGUCUCUCCCAGCCUUGAGUAGAGCCAGUGGGAGGACCAUAAGAAGAAUAGCACUAAAGGGGAAGAGCCAGUUUGGACCAAGGGGGAACAGACAGGAGGAGCAGAGAAGGGAAAAGAGAUCCAGUCAUCUCACUUUCACAGCAGGUCUGAAGCUUCAAAAGGCAAGAAAGCGGAAAUGCUGGUUCAGGUGGCUGAGUGGACAUCUUUAGAGUAGGUGAUAAUAUAAUAUAAUUCAAGUCUGGACUAGGGUUGAGGUAUCUAGUUAACAGCACUCUCCAUACUCCUGCUCUCAAGUAAAUCAUCUCUCUUCAGCCACUUUCCGGACAAGUGCAAUAGUCUUAAAAGCCGUGUUUGUCACAGUUAGUUCACACUGCUGCAAAUAUUAGACCUUGGGAGGCGGGUAGCAUUUUGCUGUUGCAUUUGACUGUAUUACUAAACUGCUUUGAGGGGUGGUUGUGGUUGUUGUUUUUACUAUCAAGUGUAUAUAAAUAAACAACACAUAAGGCUGAGUGUUUUGGAAAAAGUUCUGUUGAAAUUACCACAUAGACAACACCAUCAGGUAUUUGGUCCAGGAAGACAAGCUGGGUCUGCUAACUCGUAAAACGGUGGCACAAACUUUUUGUGCCCCAAACCCAGCCUCUGACUCUGCUUCUGACUUGCCUCAGAUUCACCCUCCUUCUGCAUUGUGAAAGAACUAGAAUUGUUUGGAAGCUUCCCAUCAGUUAAGGAGCGAACUAAUGUGUGAAAAGCUUGUUUCAGUUUAUGCAAACUUGUUUCUGAAGUCCAUGAAGCUCAAAGUGAAAGUUCCAAAUGGGAAGCUCUGGGUUUUUCAGGCAUUAAUUCUGGUUAUAGAAAUAAACAUGAGACCUAGGUUAGUAUCUUCAGUGAUGAAUUAUUUCAUGGGGUAGUGAUAUAAAUUAGCUUGGGAUAGCUAAUUCUUGUCUACAAUUAUUAUAAGCAAUUGCAACCUUUUGGUAUGCAUGGUACUUAGAAGCAAAUCCCACUGAGUCUAUGGGACCUACUCCCAGGUAAGUGUACAUAGGAGUGCACAUACUUUUAAGUGGUGAUCAAGCCUCUCCAAUAGUAAAAGUUGUAGCAAUAUCCAGUUUUAUUGCUACUUCAUAGUUUCAUUAUAGGGGUAUUUAUUUCUGAGCUUUUUCCUCUUAAAAUUUGAGUUCCUUCUGUUGCUGCAUGAUGAUGCUUAUGUCUGCAGACUGUUUCUAAUCCCAGAUAAUAAAACCCUCCUGUUUA